AUGCAGACCCAGAAAUCAUUGCCAGAGAUACAGCUUAAACUCGAAGCCUUAACCAUUUGUGCAAAGAAAACCCAUACGGAAAACCAUUUCAAACCUUGUAUGAUGAUGGCACCAAGCGUCCUUGUUUCUCCGACGUCUUCUUCUUUGAUCGGAGAUUACAUCGGCAUGGAGAGUUGCUUUGAUCUCGGCAACAAUGAUUACGGCAGCGGCGAUGGUAGAAUUGAUUGUAUUCAUGACAAGCGAGAACAGCGGUGUUGUACGAAGAAGAAAGAUAUUCCGCCGCCGAUACCUUGCCGUAUGCCGUGGGUGUUGAAAAGGUACUACACUAGCGAUAGACGGUUGAUUAUCAGAAGAGAAAGAGUGGGAUUCAAUGAAUAUUUUCAAGCUCACCGAUCCAAUGGUCGUUUAGUAUUAGAUCUUGUGCCUUUUGAUUAUAUCAACAACGAGUUUGAUGAUAAAGAAGCUGGGGUCAACGAGGAAGAUGAUCGAGUCGAUGUUUUGGACAAUGAAACAGAUACUAUUAACGACCAUGACGACGACGACAACAAGAUGGUUGAAGCUUUGCAUAAAGAGAAUGAAAUUGCUGUGAUUGAAGACUCAAUAGUGAAAUGUCCGACUGCUGAGACUCCAUCGGAGAAUGGGAUUACAGCAAAUGGAGGAAAAUGCUUGAAAUACAACAGUGUAAGAGCAAGCCCCUCAUGUUUUCUUGGUUUGCCGGUGCCAGCAAUAAGGCCAGUUCAUAGUUAA